AUGCGGCUUCAAAGAGAAUUGAUGACUCAACAGCAAAACGCAUUCAUGGAGAUCAUCACCAAACUGGAAAAGAAGGAGGAAACCAAGGACAACACCGCCGUCGUCAACUCCCUCAAUGCUCGAAUCACUCCAUUCGCCUACAACACAGAUGAAGGAGAAACUUUUGACCGAUGGUACUCAAGGUAUGAAGACAUUAUUAAGAAAGAUGGUGCUGCGCUGGAAGAUGAAGAAAUGGCCCGCUUCAUCGUGUCAAAAUUGGAGAGGAAGGAAUCCGAGCAAUUCCGAAACCACCUGCUGCCAAAAUCCCCAUCAGAAGUGAAACUCGAGGACACCAUCAAGACACUAAAAAAACUCUUCAAUGAAUCCAAAUCCAUCACCAGAAUGAGGUAUGAACUUUUGACGGUUAAAUUUGACGGAGUAGACCGGAAGGAAUACACUGGAAACAUCAAAAGAUUGUUCAACGUGGCACAGUGGAAAGAGAUGUCGGAAGAUCAAGCACAGUGUCUCCUUUGGACCAUUGGACUACAAUCCAGCCAACACACCGAAACCCGACUUCGUGCUCUUCGUGAAAUGGAAGCCAAUCCAAAGAUCACUCUGACUGAACUGGCCGAUCGACUAGACCACGUCAUCGCAAUGAAAGCCGACGCCGACUUCAUUGGAGGAGCCAAAUCCAGUGUUAACUUCAUCAAGAACAAGAAGCCACAUGUCCAGCAACCGUUCAAACCGAAACCGUCCAACCAAAAUCCUCAGAAGUCAGAUGACAAAAAGAAGCCACCACCAACACCAUGCUGUUAUUGUGGAGAUAUGCAUUGGAAUCGUGAUUGUAAGCAGAAGAAGUCGCUCGUCUGCCACCAAUGCCAUAAAACCGGUCAUGUUGCCAAAAUGUGUCGUCAGAAGAAUUCCCAAUCCAACAACGCAGUUUUCAUUGCCGAAUCAUCUGCUGGAGCCAAGAAUCGCAUCUACACUGAAGUCUUAAUUGAUGGAACACCGAUCCGUAUGGUCUUGGACACUGGAGCCGAAGUCACUCUUCUCAACAAAUCGGAUUGGGUCAAGAUGAACAAGCCGACGCUGUCACCGCCAACACUCAACCUCCGUACUGCGACCAAAAAACCAAUCGACGUCAAGGGACAGUUCCAGUGCAAAUUCGUGCUCAAUGGUCAAAAUGGUUCGGGAUCAUGCCACGUCACCGACACUGCAUCACUUCUUGAUAAGUCACUUUUUGAACAUUUGGUUCGCGGAUCCAUCAAUGCUGUCAAGUCUUCCGAAGCUUCAGAAGUCAUGGCUAAGCACCGUAUCCAACUCCAGAAGCGUCUCGAGACCGAGUUCCCAGAAGUGUUCAAAGCAGGACUUGGAAGAUGCACAAAGACCAAAGCUCAACUCCACUUGAAGCCGGAUGCCAAGCCGACAUUCCGGAAAGCCAGACCAGUUCCAAUCGCAGUUCUUCCAAAAGUGAGUCAAGAGAUAAAUCGUCUAGUCGAAGAAGGUGUCAUCACUCCCACAAACUACUCCGAUUUUGCUGCUCCGAUCGUUGUCGUGCAGAAGAAGGAUGGUUCGAUUCGGAUGUGCGCCGACUACUCCACUGGCUUGAACGAUUUGCUACAGAUGCACCAACAUCCACUUCCAACGGCCGAAGAUGUCUACUCGAAGCUGAACGGUGGCAACUACUUCACUCAAGUCGAUCUGGCCGAAGCAUAUCUGCAAAUUGAAAUGGAAGAAGAGUCAAAGAAAAUGCUGACGAUCAACACUCACCUUGGAAUGUUCCAGUACAACCGCAUGGCAUUCGGAGUCAAGACAGCACCAGCGAUGUUCCAACAGAUUGUCGACACAAUGAUCACAGGACUGGAAGGAGUCUCUGCAUACAUGGAUGACAUCAUCAUCACCGGAGCAACGAUCGACGAGCACAACGACCGCCUCCGCCAGCUCUUCCGAAGAAUCGAGGAAUAUGGUUUCCGUGUCAGAUCCACCAAAUGUUCCUUCUUGCAAUCCCAAAUCCGGUUCCUUGGAUUCAUUGUUGAUCGAUUCGGACGUCGCCCAGAUCCAGCCAAAAUCGAAGCCAUCUGCCAAAUGCCAGCUCCAACCGACGUCUCCAAGUUGCGAUCACUGCUCGGGAUGGUUCAGUUUUAUGGUUCUUUUGUGAAGGAUCUACACAACUAUCGUGCUGCACUUGAUGAGCUGACCAAGAAGGACGCUGAAUUCGAAUGGACCACUGCCUGCCAAGCCUCAUUUGACAAGAUUCGCGACAUCCUCAAAUCAGACCUUCUGCUCACACACUACGAUCCAAAAUUGCCAAUUGUCGUCGCCGCAGAUGCCUCCAACUACGAUAUUGGCGCCGUCAUCACCCAUCGUUUCCCAGACGGAUCCGAAAAAGCAAUCUUCCAUGCAAGCCGCACAUUGACAACUGCUCAACGAGGAUAUGCUCAAAUCGAGAAGGAAGCGCUCGGAUUGAUCUUCGCUGUCGAGAAGUUUCAUCGGUACCUCCAUGGCAGGGAAUUCACUCUUCUGACGGACCACAAGCCUCUUCUAGCCAUCUUCGGAUCAAAGAAAGGUAUCCCAGUGUAUUCCUCCAGCCGACUUCAACGAUGGGCAACGAUCCUUCUCAACUACGACUUCAAAAUCGAGUACCGCAACACCUCCUCAUUUGGCCAAGCAGAUGCCCUUUCGAGAUUGAUCGAGGUGAACAAACAGAAUCUGGAAGAAGAAGAUCGUGUAAUUGCUGCAGUGGAAGCAGAAGUGGACGCCGAGCACCACGGAAUCACCCGACACUUACCAAUCACUGCGGCGAAUAUCGGGAAGGCGACUCAAUCCGAUCCAAUCACUGCUGCUGUCAUCCAAUAUGUACAACAAGGAAAUUGGCAAAAAAUCGAUAAAUCGUCUCCAAUCUUCCCAUUCUACAGUCGUCGUGAGUCCCUGUCCAUCGUCAAUGGAACCUUGAUGUUUGGACACCGAAUUGUCAUUCCUGCUCAACUUCGCCAACGUGUCAAAACAACUCUACACAAGGCUCAUCCGGGACAGCAACGCAUGAAGCAACUGGCUCGAAGCUACGUCUACUGGCCUCACAUUGACUCAGAAAUCGAAUCAUUGGUGAGAAAUUGCCACGAUUGUCAAGCAGCAGCGAAGAAUCCAGUGAAGACGACGUUGCAACCAUGGCCCACUGCUUCUAUCCCACUCGAACGAAUUCACAUUGAUUACGCUGGCCCAAUUGAUGGAAUCUACUAUCUUGUGUUCGUUGAUGCCUUUUCAAAAUGGCCGGAAAUCCUGCCGACUCGGACCAUCACUGCAUCAAGAACGAUCGAGCUGCUCACUCCAAUCUUCGCGAGGUACGGUAAUCCACAGACGCUCGUUUCUGACAAUGGCACGCAGUUCGUUUCAUCGACAUUCCAACAGUUCUGUGCGUCAAGAGGUAUCAAACAUCUACGCUCUCCUCCAUUCCAUCCACAGAGUAAUGGACAAGCUGAGAGAUUCGUGGACACCUUCAAACGAGCACUGGUAAAAUUGAAGAGGGAGGAGACAACACAAGAAGCUCUACAAACGUUCCUCAUGGCGUAUCGAUCGACUCCAUGUGCCAGCUCACCAGGUCAAUUGUCACCAGCUGAGAACUUUCUGAAAAGAAAAAUGAGAACGAUUAUGGAUCUAAUGUUGCCAACUCACCUUCCAAUCGAUACAUCAUCAAAAUCGGACAAAAUGAAGCAACAGUUCGAUCGUCAUCAUGGUGCCAAAUGGAGAUGCUAUUCAGUUGGAGAUCCCGUCUUCGUCAAGAACUACCGUUCACCGAACACUUGGCUGCCAGGAAUUGUGAUUGCUCGUUCGGGAUCAGUCAAAUACACCGUUCGUUGCAAUGGACUCGAAUGGAUUCGCCACGCCAAUCAACUCCGACGUCGUGAUCAUCUGCCAUCGUCUUCACAUCUUCUGGAUUGCUUCGAUUUGCCAACAACUCCUCCACCGCCUUCUGAUGCCUUCAUUUUGCCAACGUCUCCGUCGUUGGAUUGUUUCCCGCCUUCGCCUUGCCAAGAUGUGCCAAGUACAACUACAUCAUUGCCAAGCACAACUACAUGCCCGCCAAGUACAACAACAAUCGCUUUGCCGCCAAGUACAACUACAACCGUUUUGUUGCCAAGAACAACUACACUCCCGCCAAGUACAACUACUGUAACCGGUUCGUCGUCAAGUCUGAUGCCUGCACCGCAAGCCGCCGCCCCGACACUUCGCCGGUCUUCACGUACAGUAAGAGCCCCAGCACAAUUGGAGAUGGACCCGAGUCGGUCCACAUACCGCUAG